ACCCGGUUCGCCAUUUUUAUUGCGAGCUUCUAGAAAAAAACGCUUGGCUACCUCUGUCGCAGGAACAAAAUCGGCCGGAUUUGCUCGUGAUACAUCUUCCCGGGGACACCAACUUAGUGGGAAACGAUGGCCGAGUAUCUUGCCUCGAUUUUCGGCACAGAAAAGGACAAGGUCAACUGCUCGUUUUACUUCAAGAUCGGAGCGUGCCGCCAUGGGGACCGCUGCUCUCGGAUCCACAAUAAGCCGACGUUCUCGCAGACCUGCCUGCUGCAGAACCUCUACGUGAACCCUCAGAACUCGGCGAAAUCCGCCGACGGAAGCCAUCUGGUGGCCAACGUUUCGGACGAGGAAAUGCAGGAGCAUUACGACAACUUUUUCGAGGACGUCUUUGUAGAGUGCGAGGACAAGUACGGCGAAAUCGAGGAGAUGAACGUGUGCGACAAUCUGGGUGACCAUCUGGUGGGCAACGUGUACAUCAAGUUUCGCCGCGAAGAGGACGCCGAACGGGCGGCCAAGGAUUUGAACAAUCGCUGGUUCGGUGGCCGUCCCGUCUACUCGGAGCUGUCGCCGGUGACGGACUUCCGUGAGGCGUGCUGCCGCCAGUACGAGAUGGGUGAGUGCACUCGUUCGGGGUUCUGUAAUUUCAUGCACCUGAAGCCGAUUUCGCGCGAGCUAAGGCGGUACCUGUACUCGCGCCGACGUGGCCGCUCCCGCUCGAAAUCUCGAUCUCCGAAGCCACGAGGUGGAGGUGGUGGUGGUGGAGGCGGCGGCGGCGGUGGCCGUGAUCGUCGUCGGUCCAGAAGUAGAGAUCGCAAGGGAGGUCCGGACGGUAGGAAUGACAAUGGGCGCAAGGGACGAUACUAGAGAGAAAGCAAGAGCAGCAGGAGUGAAUGAUUCAUUGCACAGCAUUGUGCACAAUUUAAUUUUAAAAGCCUAUUGUGUGUAUGGUGGGUAAAAUAACGACAUUAGACGAUUUACUUUCGCGUGUCACAUUAAGUUCAGUUAGUUUUUGUAACAUUUGAUUUAACGAUACUGAAGACAAUUCCUGUAAAAAUAA